UACUUCUCUUAUCAUGCCUUCAGCCGGUCAUAAAACACAACACAACCAGUAAACUCUGCACUAACUCUCUCUCUGCUGUUGGUGUCCUGAGGUCUGGACGUCUGUCAGCAGCUCUUCUCACUGGGACUUUGUAGCUUCAGCAGUGUUUCAGGAGGUGAGAGGUCGAAGAUGUCGGAGACUGUAGUGGAACUCGGGUUGAAUGGAAACUCAAAACAUCAGUCUGCAGGUUCGAGCCAAUCGCGGCACGGCGCCACUGUCAGCUUUCAUAACAUCGACUACAAGGUGACACAGGGAGGAAGCUGCGUGAGUCGAAAGAAGGGUACAACCAAAAACAUCCUCGUCGACCUCAAUGGGCUCAUGAAGCCGGGCCUGAACGCCAUCAUGGGCCCGACGGGAAGCGGGAAGUCAUCGUUCUUGGAUGUUUUGGCGGCCAGGAAGGACCCUGCAGGUCUGUCAGGAGAAGUCUUGAUCGACGGAGCUCCUCAGCCUCCAAACUUCAAGUGUCUGUCUGGAUACGUGGUGCAGGACGACGUGGUGAUGGGAACUCUGACGGUCAGAGAGAACUUCACCUUCUCCGCGGCGCUGCGACUCCCGACGUCCAUCUCUCAGGAGGUGAAAGAUCAAAAAGUCAACACGUUGAUCCAGGAGCUGGGACUGAGUCGAGUGGCCGACUCCAGGGUGGGCACUCCGCUGAUUCGUGGGAUCUCCGGCGGCGAGAGGAAGAGGACGAACAUCGGCAUGGAGCUGAUCAUCGACCCGUCCGUCCUCUUCCUGGACGAGCCGACCACCGGCCUCGACGCCAGCACCGCCAACUCUGUGAUGCUGCUGCUCAAGAGGAUGGCAAACAAAGGUCGCACCAUCAUCCUCUCCAUCCACCAGCCUCGCUACUCCAUCUACCGCCUGUUCGACAGCCUCACGCUGCUGAUCGACGGAAAACAGGUUUACAACGGCCCGGCUCAGAGCGCACUGGAUUAUUUCUCAGACAUCGGAUACACCUGUGAACCCCACAACAACCCUGCUGACUUCUUCUUGGACAUCAUUAAUGGAGACUCAACCGCAGUCUCCCUCAACAAAGAAGAUCCAGAUUUAGACUCGGUGUUGGUGUCCAGACAGGGGAUCGCGGAUGAACUCGUAGAGAGAUAUAGAAACUGCAACUACUUCAAACAGACCAAAGCAGACCUGGAAAGGAUCAAUCAUGGUGAGCCGAAGACCAAAACCUCGACCUCCAGAACCAUCACCUACACCACCGGCUUCUUCACCCAGUUCAGAUGGGUUCUCAAGAGAACGUUCCUCAACCUCAUGCUCAACCCUCAGACCUCCAUUGCUCAGUUAGCAGUGACCUUGUUCCUCGCUGUGAUCGUAGGAGCCAUUUUCUUUGGCGCCAAGGAGGAUGCCAGUGGAAUGCAGAACAGGUUCGGCGCUCUCUUCUUCAUCGCUGUGAAUCAGUGUUUCAGCUCGCUGUCGUCUGCUGAACUCUUCAUCUCAGAGAGGAAGCUCUUCAUUCACGAGUACAUCAGCGGUUACUAUAGGGUGUCCGUGUACUUCCUGUGUAAGAUCCUGUCUAACAUCAUCACACUGAGGACACUCCCCGCCUUCAUCUUCGCCGGCGUGUCGUACUUCAUGAUUGGUCUGAAGCCAGAAGUCGGAGCCUUCUUCACCUUCCUGCUCACCGUGAUUCUGAUCGCCUACGCCGCCACCGCCAUGGCUCUGGCCAUCUCAGCCGACCAGACUGUGGUGGCCAUCGCCAACAUCUACAUGACCAUCGCUUGCGUCUUCAUGAUGAUCUUUGCAGGUUUGCUGGUGAAUCUUCCCUCCAUCGUCAGCUGGCUCGCUUGGUUGAAAUACUUAAGUAUACCACGAUAUGGCUUAGCUGGUCUGCAGGCUAAUGAGUUUACUGGGCUGAACUUCUGUCCAGAGUUAAACAGCACAGCUGGACUCAUGUGUACGGGGGAGCAAUUCCUGGAGCAGCAGGGUGUCGAUUACUCCACCUGGGGCCUCUGGCAGAACCACAUCGCUCUGGCCAGCAUGACCGUCAUCUUCCUCACCAUCACUUACCUUAAACUGCGCUUCAUCAGGAAGUUCACCUAGACCUUCACCACCACCUCCAACAUCAUCAUCAUCACUGUAAUAUAAUCUAAGAAGGAAGAGCAGCUCAAGACUGUUUGUACUAUUUUGUUGCACAUAUUUGUAAUUUCAUUUGUUAAUUCAUGUGAUAAAAUAUGAAAUCCCCCAGAUUUCCGAAAUACUAUGUGUAAAAUCAAAAUAUUUGUUGUUGAAGCCAACCCAUCUCAAACUGUAAAUAUUAAACAUGUUCAGUAUUUA